AUGUCAUCAAGAACCGCCAACUCGUCAGGCAGGGACGGACGAACAACGCGCCGUCGAAAAAGUCAGGAACUGAAGGCUUUAGAAAAACGUCUGGGUUGCAAUGCAAGCCUCCUUGAACAGAUUCCCAGUACUUUAGACCUCGAGUACUACGAGGGCAACCUGAGUCUGCCGUGUAAUCAGACAGCCUUGUGUGCGUCCAUGCUCUACAUCGGCACUGCGAACACGAACGAAAGGACCGUCGAUGUGUUCGCCUUUCUCGUGAAAAAUAAUAAAGUUCGCAGAGUCGAAUUCAGCGCAUACCACGCCGACAGCCAGACUUAUUCGAGCUUCUGCAUCAGUGAGCAUUGGAGUACUAUGUUACUCCGAGACGAGUUCAAGGAUAAGGAUUUCAACCAAGAGCACUUAGCCGCCGUCGUGAAGUUGGUCUUCAUAGAGAAGAGUAACGUGGAACAACCCCAUAUCCCGUUCUCGGAAAACUUUCUUAAUGAUCUUACGCGAGCGUGCCGUAGGCUUCAGCAAGCAGUCAAAAAAGCAGACCGUCCGCCAGAGUCCCGUCCUUCAAGCCGAUCGGCCGCCACGCAGAGUCUGAGCGAGCAAGCUACCUAUAGUAGCGUUGGGGCGACAAAGAGGAGACGGCUGGCGCAAGGUACGGACCGCUGGGCUGACCUGAGGACUGCUUUAGCCGAGCAGAAGAUUGCGGCGGACGAGGUUGCGUCCAGCAACCAGCAGCUAGGGCAGAUCGAACAAGAUAUAUCCGCACUACAGGGGGAAAGAGACCAACUACUAGUGGUCCAGGAGGAGCAGAAAGAACGGGAAGCUAAGACCGCGGCUCGUGUGGAAGAACUGUGGGAUGAGGAUGAACCUAUCAGGAAGCGUUCGCGGGUCUAG